AUGACAACAGAGGAUGACUAUGAGGCUUCUUCUUCCUUUUUCUCGCCGGAGCUACGGCCGCGAGUUGUGUUUCCGACUGGCAAGGUCGCACGAACCAGGCAAUUUUUUCCUCUUUUUCUUCAGGUGUUUCUCAUCUUCUUUGCUAGAUGGUCUUCUAAAUUGCUUGGUGCGGUUGCUCACUUGCUUGUCUUGGAGGAGGAAGGAUUGAAUCCUUACCAAAGAAAACUAAAUCUGAGGGGAGAGACGCCAGGGCUGUCGGAGACGAGCAGCUGGUGGACAAUGAUGACGGCGGUGAAUUGCGAUGGCUGA